AUGUCUAGUACAGAUACCAUAAUUAAGGAGUCGUUUAACAUAAUAGAUGGAGAUAUUGACGGUUUAAUUUCGCAUAAUGAGUUAGUUUAUGCUUUAAGGUUCAUAGGUGUUGAACUUGAUAAUAGUAAGUUGAAGGAAGAGGAUUCUACAAAAUAUUCAUUGAAGGAUUAUUCAAAAAUAGCAAAGAUACAUUUAAGAUCAAGCACACCAAAGCAGAAACUAACACGCAUUUUAAGAAAAUUAGAUAAAUGUAGCAAUGGUAAGUUAUCGGUAGAUUCACUAAUUUUAUUAGUAAUGGCUGUAAGUGAUGUUUUAAGUGAUGAGGAUUAUAAAAGUUUUAAGAAAUUUAUUGAUCCAUAUAAGGAAAAGUAUAUAUCCAUAGAAGAACUUGUAAAUAAACUGCUUUCGUAA